UGCGAACACUAUGGGCAGCCAACAUAAAAGAAAGCUCUCUGUGGAUGACAGCAUCGUUCAAUCAACAAAGGAUAAAAAAAUCAAUAGCGAUCAAUCCACGCCUAUUUCUCCUUUGAAGGAACAAACCCCUACUGUUGUUCAUAACGAGCAAGAGGUAGAUGUCAAGCAGAAAAAGAACACUACUCCCAUUCAUAGAGGCAAAUUCAAAUCAAGAUGGCUAAGCAAGCAUUCAAGUCUUUUGAAGAGGUCAAGAAAUGCACAAGGAUUAUUGAUAUCUUGCGUAGUUGGAAGCGAAACGAGGGCACUGGGACAAGCACAACAAUUUCUUUUGGAAUAUAUUGCUAAGCUCUUUCCAAAUCGGCAAUCUACGUGGGAGCGGCUUGAAGAUGAUUUGGAUGUAGACGAGUCAUUCAUUGAUGAGAGCAACAGUGGCGACGAACAGGCAAAAAAAGAAAAAGGUGGUGACGAAGAAGGGAAGAAGGAUAAAAUGCUCGAAGCUGUCGAUAGUGGAUGCUCAGGGCUACUUUUCUUACGAUUUCGUGUCGAUGUUACGCCAACACAUUUUAUUCGAAAACUGAUUGAGCACUUGCUUAGCCUAUCCUCAGAAGAUCGAGAAAAGGUGAUUUCGAAAACAAGUUAUUGCAGUCGAUGGAUUCCAGUGGACUAUAUUUGCAAUAGCUUUGAGGAAGAUAUAUCGAAAACGUUUGAACAAGUCAAAAGUGAUUACUUUGUCAAUGAAGGCACCUUGCAUUCAAAGAUCGCAAUAGUAAGCGAGAUUCGGAACAAUGAACGACUAAAGAGGCAGGACAUCAUAAAAUGCAUUGCACCUUCUCUUCCUCCGACUUUGACGGUCGAUUUGAAGUCGCCUGACAUAGUGAUUUUUGUUUCCAUCUUCAAAUCAGUCUGCAGUAUGAGCAUACUGCCAAAGUAUUAUGAACUCAAAAAGUACAACAUACCAUCAAUAUGCAAAUAGAUUCAUUGGUCAGUAAUGGCUGUGACACCAUCACAAGAUGGAAUAGAAAAUGAUAUUACAAAGAAAAAAGCAAAAUAAAGCAGCAAGAGUUGUUAAAUAUGGAUUUAUGUACAACCAGCGUCAGCUAUUAGAACACUGGAUAUCUAAUUGAAGAAACGAAGAAGGAAUGGCGAGCGAAAUU